CCGCGGCGUCAAGCCCUGCCACAAUUUGACGGCGCACCCCCGGCCAAAUAAAUCGGCAAGUAGACAGGGCAAACCGACUUUUUCUCCAUUAGCCUCGGGUUGUUUCUAGCUCAAGAUGUGCAAAUAAGUCUGGAGAUUUUUUUUUUCAAGUCAAAAAGAUUGCCUGAAACCUGAAACCCGAAACUAGCUUGGAAAUAAUUUAACGAGAUAUUCAUCACGACAAACUAUUGAGCAAAUAGCCAUCCCAAGGAUCAUCAAAACUUCAUAUCCCUCUCACCAUCAACCGCUCCACGACCAUGACAGUAACUCUUCGCGGCCACUGUGUCUGUGGACAAGUAGCGUACCGCGUCGAGCUCGACUCGGCAGAGGAUGCAAGAACAUCACUGUGCCACUGCACUAGCUGCAAGCGGGCCUUCGGGACGGAGAACGGCGUGACGACCAAGGUCCCACUUCAAGGCUUCACCUACACCCAAGGCAAACCAAAACAGCACAAACAGGACAGCAACGGCGUGAUUCGGGAGUUUUGUGGCGACUGCGGCGCAUACCUCUGCGAGUACGGAGAGGCAGCGGCGGAGAAGUUUCGCUAUGUCGCCUGGGGCACCUUUGACGACCAGGACCGCGACAAGGUGCCUCCAAAGGGGGAGUUUUUCUGUUCGCAGCGGGAUGGUUGGAUGCCAGAGGUGCCUGGGGUCUUUCACAAGCAGGAGAUAAAGCAAUAAAGGCGGUGGGUUCCCCCAAGAGUAUGGGCCUAAUGCUUACGGUGCGCCCACAUGGAAUGUUGAUAUUAUAUGGCUAGCUUAUCACAUCUGCAUUGAUAGCA